ACCGACAGUGGUCACAGUGGUCGCUCUCUUGCUCUUUGCUCUUGCUCUUCCUCCCUCUCUUUUCUCCCUCUCUCCCUCUCUUUCUCCCCAUCAUGUCUUGCUCUCCCUUACCCCCUUCCCUCCCUCCCUUCAUAUCCACCUAAUAAACCUCUUGCAUAGAAGAUCAGUUGCCAGCCUCAUCUUUAAUUAAUAGACCUAACAGAAUGAGUUCAAAGUCCCAUUUCCCAGCUGCUUCUGUCCCAGUUGUGUGCUGCAAUCGUACUUACUAGAAAAACCCACUGAGUGCUUUCUCUUUUGCACCACUUCCUCUAACCUUCCUUCCUGAUCAAGAAGUUUGGACCUUGAGAAACAGCUUUUCGAGAAAGAAACUUACUUCUUCGUUGUUGUUGUUCUUGGUUUUUCGAGACAGGGUUAGAAAGAGACUUACUUUUAAGAUGACUUUUCUUCGUCCGUCAAGAGGAAGACAACUGGAUUGCUUGGCCAGGAUGAACACUAGCCUCGUGGGAAGAAGAGAAAAAUAGUGCAAUCAUAUUUGGCAUUCCUAUUUGGAAAAGAAAUCUACUGAGAAUAAGAAAAGUGGAAGGCUUUGACUCACAAUGAACUUUGUGAAGGAAAACAGUCCAGCCCUCAUUCAAAGGAUGGGCAUUACAGUUAUAAAGCAGAUCUCUGAUGAUCUGUUCACAUCAAAUGUCCUCAACUCUGAAGAAGUUGCCGUCAUCCGCAGUGAGAGGGUGGAGCAGGACGCUGCCCGAUGGAUCAUUCAUAUGAUUUUGAAGAAGGGCUCAGAGGCCUGCAACCUCUUUCUUAAGUGUCUUGAAAAUUGGAACCCUGCCCUGUAUCAUGACUUAACUGGACAAAGUCUCUCCCAUCAGAACGCGGAAGAAGACUUGGAAAUUCUGGCCCAGAAUUUAAAAGGCUUCUACAGCAGCCCUUCCUUUCUGAACUUCUAUCCCCUGGGUAACGAUAUCGACAUCAUUUUUAAUCUGAAGAUCACCUUCACAGAGCCCGUCUUGUGGAGGAAGGACCAUCGCCAUCACCGCGUGGAGCAGCUGACCCUGGACGAUCUGCUGGAGGCUCUUCAGAGCCCCUGCCUCGUCGAAGGGGAGUCUGGCAAAGGGAAGUCCACCCUGCUGCAGAGAAUCGCCAUGCUCUGGGCCUCUGGGGAGUGCAGGGCUCUGAGAAGCUUCAAACUGGUCUUCUUUGUCCGCCUGAGCAGUGCCCGGGAUGGACUGUUUGAAACCCUGUGCGAUCAGCUCCUGAAUGUGUCUGACUCCUUCAGCAAGCCAGCCUUUAUGGCUCUGCUGCUGAAGCUGCAGAAGGACGUCCUCUUUCUCCUCGAUGGGUACAACGAAUUCCAGCCCCAGAACUGCCCAGAAAUCGAAACUCUAAUAAAGGAAAACCAUCGUUUCAAGAACAUGGUCAUUGUCACCACCACCACCGAGUGCCUGAGACAUAUCAGACAGGUUGGCGCCCUGACUGCAGAGGUGGGAGAUAUGACGGAAGGUGGUGCGCAGGUUCUCAUCCGGGAGAUGCUGAUAAGGGAGCUUGCUGAAGGCCUGUUGUUCCAGAUCCAGGAGUCCAGGUGCUUGAGAAACCUCAUGAAGACCCCUCUCUUCGUGGUGAUCACCUGUGCCAUCCAGAUGGGCAGAGAGGAAUUCCAAGCUCACACGCAAACCAUGCUGUUCCGAACCUUCUACGACCUCCUGAUACAGAAAAACAGGCACAAGCACAGAGGUGGGACAGAGUGUGACUUUGUCAGGAGCCUAGAGUGCUGUGGAGACCUAGCCCUGGAGGGCGUGUUCUCCCAUAAGUUUGAUUUUGAGCCCGAGGAUGUGUCUGGCAUAAACGAGGACAUCCUGGUGACAACUGGGCUCCUCUGCAAGUACACAGCUCAGAGGCUGAGGCCCAAGUAUAAAUUCUUCCAUAAGUCAUUCCAGGAGUACACAGCGGGACGGAGACUCAGCAGUUUGUUGAUGUCCAGAGAGCCAGAGGAGGUGAGCAAGGGGAAUGACUACUUGAAGAAAAUGGUUUCCAUCUCUGACAUCACAUCCCUGUAUGGCAACCUGCUCCUGUACACGUGUGGGUCAUCCACAGAAGCCACCAGGGCUGUCGUGCGCCACCUUGCAUUGGUGUAUCAGCAUGGCAGCCUACAGGGGCUCUCUGUCUCCAAGAGGCCUCUCUGGAGGCAGGAAUCAAUGCAAAGCCUGAGAAACACCACGGAGCAAGAUGUUCUGAAAGCCAUCAAUGUAAAUUCCUUUGUAGAGUGUGGCAUCAAUUUAUUCUCAGAGAGCAUAUCCAAAUCUGCCCUGAGCCCAGAAUUUGAAGCUUUCUUUAGCGGUAAAAGUUUAUACAUCAACUCGGAGAACAUCCCUGAUUACUUAUUUGACUUCUUUGAACACUUGCCUAAUUGUGCAAGCGCGUUGGACUUCGUUAAGCUGGAUUUCUUUGGAAAAGCUGCAGCCUCACAGGCUGGAGAGAAUGAGGCCAGAGCCCACAUGGAAGGGCCCUCAGAAACCUACAUUCCCAGCAGGGCUGUGUCUUUGUUCUUCAACUGGAAGCAGGAAUUCAAGACUCUAGAGGUCACGCUCCGGGAUAUCAGCAAGUUGAAUAAACAAGAUAUCAAACAUCUGGGGAAGAUCUUCAGCUCUGCCACAAACCUCCGUUUGUACAUCAAGAGGUGUGCUGCUGUGGAUGGAAGGCUCAGCUCCAUCCUCAGCACCUGCAAGAACAUUCAUUCCCUCAUGGUGGAAGCCAGUCCCCUCACCGUCGAUGAUGAGCAGUGCAUCACAUCCGUGACAAACCUCCAGAACCUGAGCAUCCACCAGCUGCAGACUCAACGGCUGCCAGGCGGUCUGACAGACAGCUUGGGUAAUCUGAAGAACCUCGAGAAGCUCAUACUGGACAACAUUGGGAUGAACGAGGAAGAUGCUAAAAACCUAGCGGAAGGCCUGGGAAGCCUGAAGAAGAUGCGAUUGUUUCAUCUGACUCAUUUGUCUGACAUUGGGAAGGGGAUGGAUUACAUAGUCGAGUCUCUAUCGGGGAAACCCUGCGACCUGCAAGAGAUGAAGUUGGUGGCCUGCUGUCUGGGUGCAAAUUCUGUGAAAACUCUGGCAAAGAAUCUUCACAAUUUGGUCACACUGAGUGUUCUUGAUUUAUCAGAAAAUUAUCUGGAAAAAGAUGGAAAUGAAGCUCUACAGGAACUGAUUGGCAGGCUCAGCAUUCUGGAAAAGCUAACCACUUUGAUGCUGCCUUGGUGCUGGGAUGCGCACAUCACCCUGCCCAGCCUGCUGAAGGAAUUAAAUGGGGACCCAGGGCUUGGCAAGCUUGGAUUGAAAAACUGGAGACUCACAGACACAGAGAUUAGAUGUUUAGGUGUAUUUUUGGAGAUGAAUCCUCUGAGAAACUUGCAGCAGCUGGAUUUAGCAGGAAACUCUGUGAGCAGUGAUGGAUGGCUUUCCUUCAUGGAUGUAUUUGGCAACCUUAAGCAAUUAGUAUUUUUUGAUUUUAGUACUAAAGAAUUCUUACCAGAUGCAGCACUGGUGAGAAAACUUAGUCAAGUGUUGUCUAAGUUAACUUUUCUACAAGAAGCAAGGCUCAUUGGAUGGGAGCUUGAUGACUAUGAUAUUAGUGUUAUUAAAGGCACCUUUAAACUAGUGAAUGCUUAAAGGUGCCCAAAGCCACAAAGACUUGAUAUACCAUGUUCAUCUGUACUUAGUACAGUAACUGGUCUGUACAGAUUCAAUAAGUACUUGAUAAAUAUGUGACAAUUAAAUAAAUGGGACUGGAGAGAUGGCUCAGAGGUUAAGAGCACCAGCUGUUCUUCCAGAGAUUCUGAGUUCAAUUCCCAGCAACCACAUGGUGGCUCAUAACCAUCUAUAAUGAGAUCUGGUGCCCUCUUCUGGCAUGCAGGCACACAGACAGGCAGAACAUUGUAUAUAUAUCAAGUAAAUCUUUUUAAAAAAUAAAUUAUUAAUAAAUAAGCUAAAAUUAAUUGUCUAUCAUAUGCUAUCUAACUCAACUGGUUUGAUUAAAACAUUUUGGAAUGUAUAGAAUACUUUCUCACGUGAAAAGUGUUAUCAGACUUGAAAAACAGGUAUUCUUAAAAAACAAAACAUUAAUUUGUGUAUGUGGCAUGCACGCAUGGUGUGCCUCUGCGGGGGCAAAGGACAACUGUGAGAGUUGGUUUUUCCCUCCUUCCUUCCAGAGGAUUUACCUUAGCCAUUGGGCUUUGGUAGUAAGUGUCUUUAUCUGAUAAGCUGUCUACCAGCCCCAAGUGGGCACCUGUAGUCAAGCAAAAAUUGGCAGUUCAAAAGCAUCUUAAUCAGAGACAUGAAAACUCAGGCCAUUUGUCAGGAGUUGAUAUGAUCAUUGUAUUUAACUCCAACCUCAGAAAUCAAGGAUGAAAGGAAAUCUGUAUCCUAUUCUUUUGUACCCCAGAGAAGUAUGAGGGGUACCCUGUUCUAAUCUCUGUAACCCAGGAAAGAGGGAUACCCUGCCCUAAUCUUUUUGUCUAUCCCCUUCCAAAAUAAGUCUUUCCCACAAAUGAAAAAGUCUAAGAAAAAAGGAAUCUCUCUUGUCUAAAGAUGUAAAUACAGGGAAGUCUGGGAAUGGUGGGGACAAAACACCUAAAAUGAAGUUAGCCUGUAGUUUGCCUUCUGUUCUCAGGGCAAUCCAAGGGUGCUGGUAUGGGCAUUACUUGCCCUGUAUGUUGUGGUCAUUGUUGAACAUGUUCUGUGCAGGUUAUUUAUAAAAUUUUAGACUUAAUAAUUUACAAAUUAACCAAUUCCUUUCCCUAUCUAACUAUAUAAAUGAGAGUUCAGAGAAGAUAAAUGACUUGCCCAUGAUUACAAAAUUACUCAUCUACAAGACCACCAGGAUUGGAAUAAAAGUCUUUUGCCUAGUCCAGUCAUUAAGUCAACCAAAAAUAUCUUGACUAAAAUUUCCAAUUAUUAGAUUAAAAUAUGUUGAUAUGUUUUUCUCAUAAAAUAAAAAAUUAAAAGCUAGUCUAUUAAAAUGAACCCAAAAUAAAAUUCCGUUAUUGUCAA